AUGUCUCUCCGUCUCGCCCCUCCCUCGUCACACCCAUCCCAAACAACAAACACAUCAACCCAUCACCGCCCCAACACCCAGACCUCAAAAGGCGCUCCUUCCGCUCCCGGUCUCCCCGACACCCUCCGUGACAACAUCACUCUACAAGCCCCCCGUGGUGCCCCAUCCACCCAACCGUCUACAGCAACUUCCACACACCCACUAGAAGCCCGCCUCCUCGCGUGGCGUCAAACCCAAGAUGCACUGAAGAUGGAGGGUCUCCGCCGCACAUAUGGGAUUGCUGAGCCUGUCCGACGUGGUAUGGAGCUGAAGAUUGUUCGCGACGGUACAUUCCGGCCUGCUGUGCUUGGUGGGAAUAAGGGCGGAAAUCUGCAUGAGGAUAUCCUUGUUCUUGGUGGAAGAGAUGCGGAGGUUGGCUGGGAGGAUGUUUUCCAGGGAGACGAAUUCAAGGAGCCACCUGCUUUCCACGAUGAGAUGGAGAAGCGGCUGCGGAUGGAUUAG